AUGACACAACAAGAACAAGCAGAAGAAGGAGCAAAACAAUUUGUAAAUUUUAUGCAAUCAUGUCCAGGAAAAACGGCUAUAGCGGGGGUUAGUGGUUUUGCACUUGGUGGAUUUCUUGGAUUAUUUAUGGCCUCAAUGGCUUAUGAUGUACCAGUUGGGACAGAUGCAGUAAAACAUAUUUCAGAUUUACCUUUUAAACAACAAAUGAAAUUACAAUUUACAGAUAUGGCAAAAAGAUCUUAUAGUUCUGCUAAAAAUUUUGGAUAUAUUGGUAUGGUUUAUUCAGGUGUGGAAUGUACAAUAGAAAGUUUUAGAGCGAAACAUGAUAUAUAUAAUGGGGUUAGUGCUGGUUGUAUUACAGGUGCUGGAUUAGCUAUAAAAGCUGGUCCUCAAGCUGUGCUUGUAGGAUGCGCUGGUUUUGCAGCUUUCAGUUUGGCUAUUGAUAUGUAUUUACAUAGUGAUGCCGCAGCCCCACCAAAAAAUGAUUACGACUUAUGA